AUCGCCGUUUCGAAAGAGCCGCGACCUUCUCCCCGUUGCGUCGCGCGCGUCGCGUUCCCGGUGGUUGGCGGUGGUGUUAAGGGGGUGACGUUCGCGCGACAGGGGCCCGCUCGCUCUCCCGAAACACUUUUUCUCAUCCACCAACUCUUUUUCGCGACGAAGGAGUGCGCGAAAACGCACAGCGACGACAUGAAACCGCAGCCUCGCAAAUUCCGUCCUUGCGCUGCUCUCCGGAGUUGACGGAAUUGGUACGUACGACCCUGUUCCGGAACGUUUUCUUCAACGUCACUUCAUUCGAACGUUCCCGCAGACGUCCUCCCGUCGUUUGCGUACUCUGGAAAAAAGCGACACGAGAGAGUGCAGGAGUAUCCUUGGCACGUUCUCCUAUGGUCCACGAUUCCGCGAUGAUGUGAUAGUAUAGUGAAGCAGUGUCUAUAAAGCGAUGACAAUGUCAAGUGGAUGAUCAACUCAGAAGAUCGUUCAACCAUUCGUGUAUCCUUUAGUCAAAAUUGAUAAUAUUUGAGAACGCAAAGUAUGCCAGAGCAUCAUCGGACAUUCUAAAAAUUUACAAAAUUUGGAACGAAUCUUUCGUUAUCGCAAAAAUAUUAUGGUUCAAUAGCUGUCCAGCAAUAAAUCCAUCACUGCCCACUUGGAAAAUUAUAAUAAAGUUUGCCAAAAAGAAAGAGAAAGAAUUCGUAGACCAUUAUAUAGAAAAAAAAAAGAAGAUAGAUUAUCGAUUGCAUGCAAAUUUCAUCGCAAAUUCCGUCCCGCAACGCUUCGUCUUGCUGAGAACAAAUUCUGCGUGAAGCAGCUGAAAGGGCCCUUGAACAUUUAAAGACUGUCUCUUGGAAAUCUACAUUUAAUUACCGGUGACAUCCAUAAAAUUCGUGCAUAAGGACGUUUACGGAAGGAGAAACAGGCAGCGAGAGGAAGGCGCAGUAGAGAAAAGCAUAUCUAGCGCGGCUGAGAGUUGUGCGGCGACGGCCGAUAGGGAGAUGUUAAAGUUAAAAGCCGCUCGUAAAACUCGUCCCACGGGUGCUACAACGUUACCGUUGUGCAAGCGAAGCUUGUUUAUCUCGGUCGCGAUGCCGGCAUCGAUGCAGAAUUGAAAGAGCAGUAAAAACCUACGGUGGAUUCUUUCUUUCUCUCUCGUCGACGCGCCGACGAAAGAAAACGUUUUGCGCGGCGCGAAAUUGCAGUCGUGAAAACGAACGGCUUGUAUAUAGACCCGAUCGUCGAUGCAACGCCUAUAAAAGGAAUAAAAGAAAAGGGAAGCAAAGUUUGCUCGAGUUUCUCGUUUGCGGCUACCAUCGAAACAUAUUCGAAGUCGAUUCUUUGAGAGGCAGAAAUUACGAGGUCAAAAAAAUGCGAUGGUACCGCGCACUUGGGGAAAAUAACCGCGGUGGAUGAUCGAUGGAACGUCCGACACGUUGUGUGGAUUGCAUUGAUAACGUCAACCUAAUGCAUCGCGGGCGGUCUUAUGGAUGUCGAUGUAGCGAGAAGCACGGAGACGUCGCUUAAUGACGGACGGGAUAGUCCCCAUAUCGAUCAAUAUGGAUCGAAUAAUCUGCGUGGAAAAAGUGAGUGAUAACGGUGAUAUGGAGAUCAUCUAAAUGCAGUAAGGCCGAUAACACGCGGCCGAUAACGCGGUUAAAGUUGAUGCGACUGACCUCAGGACACCGCGAUGUGAAAAACAAACUGUUCCAUGCGGAUGAUCAGUCAGUCAAUAACAAUUUCUCGACAGGGAUGUGCACGUGAAAUAAUAUAACAAAAUUAAAAGCCAGGUUAAUUAGUUAAAUUCGGAUUUUCCGGUUUAGCCGAUGUGAUUGUUAGCGCGAUAUACGUGAUUCGCGAAACUACGAUACAUUUCCUCAUUACGCCAUUAUCAGCUCUGUAAUUGGAAGAAUGUGGUAUCGUCGUGGAAUCAAUCUGUGCUAGUGAGCGAAUUAUUAAACGGUGAUCAUUGUUCGAUUUAAUGAGAUUUUAUCGGCGAGGGAGGACUAAUUAAAAAGCUCUGUUCAAAGUAUAAUAAAGCGAAAUUACGCGACAUCCAUUUGCGCGCGAGUGGCUGUGCAUGUAUCUAUGCUGGUACAAAGUGCUUCUAUCCGUUCCGAUCGGGAAUGCCACAGUCAUUACGAAACGUGGAUAAUGUGUCAGUGAUGUGUCAAUGAAACUGUUUUCGUCGUCGAUUAGCGUCUUUUAAAAACGAGUGAAAUGCGUCUGAGAUAGUAUAUCAGUAUGUGAAUGAACCACGCCGGGGAAAAGCGAUGUCUACUUCUCUUCCCACAUUUGUCUGUUUUAUAAUUUGUUUUGGUGGUAUAGCGUCAUGCUUAAGGAACUUUCGAACCGAUUUCCUAGAGGAAUGGCCGACGCCGGGCACCGGGCCCCACUUCGACACCUCUAUGCAAUCAAACUUCACCGGGCUGGUGGGGAAGACGGUGCAUCUCGUGUGCAAGGUGAAGAACUUGGGCAAUCGAACGGUUUCCUGGGUGAGGCACCGAGAUAUACAUUUGCUAACGGUUGGUCGUUAUACCUAUACCAGCGACCAACGUUUCGAGGCACUACAUUCUCCUCAUACGGAAGAUUGGACCCUCAGGAUACGAUAUCCUCAGCGCAAGGACUCCGGGAUUUAUGAGUGCCAAAUAUCAACGACCCCGCCCAUCGGCCACCCUGUUUAUCUAACGAUAGUCGAGCCGGUAACCAUUAUAAACGGAGCACCGGAUCUCUUCGUCAAUAAAGGCAGCACCAUCAACCUGACGUGUGUCGUAAAAUACGCUCCUGAGCCACCACCGACGAUGACUUGGAGCCAUAACACGGACGUUAUCAAUUUCGACUCGCCGCGCGGUGGUAUCAGUCUCGUUACGGAAAAAGGACCGGAGACAACGAGUCGUUUAAUGAUCCAGAAAGCCGUGCCGAGCGACUCCGGGAUCUAUCAAUGUGAACCGAGCAACGCAAAUCCCAGUAGUAUAAAGGUGCACGUUGUUAACGAAGAACAUCCAGCCGCGAUGCACCACGGGGACGGAAGCUCGUCGUACAGCAAGACACGGCCGAUUUGUUUUAUAAUUUUAGUAAUAGCUAAUAUAAUAUUUCUAUAAGGCGAGAAGUACAGAAACACACCCCGACACACAUGAUAAAAGCAGGAGCGCGAUCGCCGAGAAUCGCGAUUUGCCUAUUUAACGUCGUUUCUUGGAUAAAUAUUUGUGCAGGGUAAACAAAACAUUACCAUUUACACAUUAAAAGAAGAGAGAAAAAAAACUUCCGUGACCAAACAGUUUUCAAAUAUCAGCACGGCACAAUAAUCGGUAAGAGCGUAGUAUUUUGUUAACAUAUAUCAUCAAGAACGAAUAACUUACGACGUCAAAAUUUAUUGUAUUAUUUGUAAAUAAAUUUAUUGUAUGUACAUAUCACACAAUAAAACAAUUGUCUUUA